CCUUAUUCCUAGCAAUUAUUGUAAAUCGUAACUACAUAUUUUAGCUCAAGACGCCGAACGAGAAAAUAAAAUGAAGAUCGUAUUCAUCGCUUUGAUGCAAUGCCUCUUCAUAACAAGGAUUCAAUCUGGACCUUCGAGCACAUUGUUUUCAUCAAAAACAACAAUCUACGAGACUAUAAUUAAUGGCAAAAUGUUACAAAAUAGUGAGAUCACUACGGUGUUUGUUGAGAAUGUGAUGCAGUGUCUCAGAGAGUGUAAUAAAAGGAAUACAUGUGUCUCGGUGAAUUUUGAAAUAAUUGACUCAAGUGCUGGCGGCAAACGAUGUGUGUUGAACAAAAAUAUCAUUGGAGAAGGAUUCGCCUUAUUAG